AUGGAAUUCACUAUUAAAAGAAUCUUUGGUCCAAAAGCAUAUCCAAUUAUUGGAAAUGCUCAUUUAAUUAUUGGUGAUACAGCUGAUAAACUUGCAUCUUAUAUUUUUUAUAUUGAAGUAUUUUACCCGAUAUUUAUUCAUAAUUUUUUUGUAGCUUUAUUCAACCAAAUAUUAAAUCUCGAUAAGAAUUAUAAAUUAUUGUGGCGUGUAUGGUUAGGAACAAAAUUAUUUGUAAUCAUAGACAAUCCCGAAUAUAUCAAAACUGUACUCAAUAAUCCAAAUAUUACUGAUAAAAGCGAGAAAUAUGAAAAAUUUAAACCUUUUGCGGGCAAUGGUUUGUUAACUGCUUCAGGUGAAUUUAUUAUAAUUUUGUUAUUUUUACUGGAAUACGGCAUGCUGGGUAUGAAAAUAAAUUCGCUGACAAAUCCGGAUUACAAAUUAGUUGAAUCAAUAGAAUGUAAAAUUAAUCGGGAAUUGACAGAGAAAAAUUCAGAACCAAAGUCAAGGACACUUCUAGAUUUUUUAUUUGAAAUAUCGCAUGAAAGGGGAAAAUAUUCGGAGCAAGAUAUUUCCGAGCAAAUCAAUACGAUGGCUAUAGCUGGAAGCGAAACUGCAGCCACAACCAUUAGCUUUGUCUUCUUAAUGCUUGCUACAUUCCCGGAAAUUCAAAUACGUAUAUAUAACAUUUCCUUAAUAAUUUGUCAUUACGUAUCCAACGACAAAGUAUACGAGGAACUAAAUCAAAUUUACUGCUCGGAUGAUCCGAAACGUGUUCCAACAUAUAAUAAUAUUAAAAGUAUGAAACUUUUGGAACAUGUGAUCAAGGAAACAUUACGUCUAUUUUCUGCAGUUCCAGUCAUCGUCCGGAGAGUGACGUUAGAUAUAGAAGAUAUCUCUGCAUACAAGAUGACUUGUUGGACUAUACCGAAAGGUAGUUCAGCAGUAUUUCUCAUUUAUAAACUUCAUAGAAGCGCAAAAUAUUGGCCAUGGCCAUUAGUACUCGAUCCCGAUAGAUUCCUAUCGGGAAAGAAUUGUUCUACAUAUUUAUUUCUAUUUAGUUACGGUCGAAGAAAUUGUAUAGGUCAAAAUUUUGCUAUGUUAAACAUGACAAUAAUCAUCGCUACACUGAUAAGAAGAUUUCUAAUUAAAAUAAAUAAUCCAAUAGGAAUUGCAGAAAUAGGUUUAAAGAUGAGCGUCACAUUAAAACCGGUAAAACCAAUAAGAGUAAAAUUUGAAAGAAUAUUUUAUUUAUUCACAAGAUUGUUCCCAAACGAUCCUACUAAAGAGCCUUUAGAAAAUAAAGAAUAA